CUCUUCCAAGCCUGUUUUAAAGUCUCUGCCAGACUUCAGCUCAUGCGCUACUUCCUGGAUGGCGGAAUGGAAAGCUUCCAGAGCCGCUCCAACUCUUGUCUCUGUGUUUUCAGCCUGAUGCAUGGACUACUGCUCCUCUAACAUCUCUCUCUUAAUCCACUGUCCCCUUGACAUGUUUCUCUUCUGGACUACAAGCUCAGCCAUCUGAAAGAAAGAGAGAGAGAGAGAGAGAGAGAGAAAAGAAGGGGGGAAAAACUGUUUCCUUUGGCUCGGUCGAACUUCAAAAGAAAAGAAAAAAAUAUCUCCAAAGGACUUUUUAAAGGAGGCGGUCGAAAUACAUUAAAGCGCGUCCAGUGCGUUUGCAUUGCUUGUUUGUGGGAGUUUUUUUCUUCUUCUUUUUUUUUUUUUGUUGUUGUUGUUGUUCACCAGGAGGAUAACUCUGUCAACAGUUGCCUUAUUCCAGAUCUCCAUGCAUACAGUGUGACAUGCGGAGGCUACUGCGACCGCGCUGCUGCUGCUGGUGGAUUCCGCCUCUGCUUUUCUCCUCGCUCGUGCUCCGCUGGGCACACUGUCAUCCCGCAUUGGCAGAAGGAAACAAAGCGGAGCAUUAUGACUGGCCAAUCGGUGACAGGCACCGCAGAGCGGCCGAAGAGUCCUACUGGGCCUACUCAGGGACGUACGGACCAGAUACAGGGUGGGCGGCAGCUUUUCCUGAGUGUCAGGAGAGAAACCAAUCUCCGAUCAAUAUAGCCGACCAAGACACUAAGGUCUCGAUGGAGUACCAGGAACUCACACUGGAUGGGUUUGAUGCAGAGUCAUCCAACAAGACAUCAAUGAAGAAUACAGGCAAAACCGUGGCGAUCUUCCUGAAGGACGAUUAUUUUGUGAGAGGAGCCGGGCUACCGGGCCGCUUCAAAGCCGAGAAGGUGGAGUUCCACUGGGGCCAGAGCAAUGGUUCCGACGGCUCGGAGCACAGCAUCAAUGGCAGGAGAUUCCCUGUGGAGAUGCAGAUCUUCAUGUAUAACUCAGAUGACUUUGACAGUCUUAACACAGCCAUACGGGAGAAGCGAGUAAUUGCGGCCAUGGCUGUCUUCUUUCAGGUGGGGAUGAAGGACAAUCCUGCAGUAGAUCCGAUUAUUCAUGGACUAAGAGGAGUGGUUCAUCAUGAAAAAGAGACAUUUCUAGAGCCCUUCGUGCUCAGAGACUUGUUGCCGUCCUCCAUUGGGAGCUAUUACCGUUACAUCGGCUCUUUGACCACGCCGCCCUGCAGUAAAGUGGUGGAGUGGAUCGUCUUCAGUCGGCCCGUGUUCCUCUCCUACAAACAGCUGGAAGCGUUCUACUCCAUCUUCACCACAGAACAGCAGGAUCAUGUUAAAUCCGUGGAAUACCUGCGUAACAACUUCCGCCCACUCCAGAGUCUGGACAACCGAGAGGUCUUCAAAUCCGCCGUCAAAGACGCUUGGCUGCCUGACUUGACUGACAGCCUAGGGAACCCAUACGGUACUGAGGCUUCUAAAGCAUGCAGUAGUGCCCCGAUCAACAUGAACGUCCAGCACAUGAACAAGACGGCGCUUGUCGUUCGAUGGUCCCGUCCGGAGAUCACCUACGAUCCGCCCAUCAUCAGCUACCACAUUUCCUACAGCUGGACCAGAAACGAUGAGUCAUAUGAGGAGACGUACGUCAAAGGGAGUGAUCAGAAACUGGAGGCCGUCAUCGCACCGGUGUCGACGGAUGUGCUGUACCUGUUCCGCGUCCAGGCGGUGUGUUUGAAUGACAAGCGCAGUGACUUCAGUCAGAGCAUGCUCUUCAGAGCCAACACCACCAGGAUAUUUGAGGGCACAAGAAUAGUCAAAACUGGGAUGCCAACUGUGUCCCCAGCAUCCUCGGCAGACAUGGCACCCAUCAGCUCCGGCUCCUCCACUUGGACUUCCUCUGGUCUUCCGUUCUCCUUCGUUUCAAUGGCCACCGGCAUCGGCCCCUCUUCCAGCGGCAGCCAAGCGACGGUGGCAUCUGUGGUGACCAGUACCCUCCUGGCGGGGUUGGGUUUCAGUGGUGGGGUCAUCUCUUCCUUCCCCAGCUCCGUCUGGCCCACCAGGCCUCCGCCCUCCAGCCGCCAGACCCAAGCCAAACCCAUGGUGACCACCACAGAAGCGUCCUCCUCACCGGCCUCCGACGCAGACGCCACCACAGCUGCAGAGAACGAUGGAUCUGACGACGGAGGAGAUAAGGGAGGGAAGGGUGAGGAUGAGGAUGGAGAAAAGAACGGAGAAGAAGAAGAGGAAGAGGAUGAGGACAAAGGUGCCGAGAGUAAAGACGCCAGAGUUCCAGACAAUGUUGAAAAGCAGACGAAUGGCUCCGUGACAAAAGAUCCGCCCACAACAGUGCCGGAUUCGACGGCGAAAGAGAAAGGAGAAAACUCCACAGCGCCAUCUAGUGUCCCGGAGGAUCAUGUGGAGACAAACACACACACAUUAAGGGAAGAGGACACACAGGGGCUGCCAACCAGAGAUCCAGUGGGUGAUGAUAAUGUGACGGCAGUAAUAGAGACCCCAGACGACACGGCUUAUACCAGCAAACCCAGCAGAGAAGACCGCAAACACAUGCCUCCUUUCUCUAUACUUACAGAGCGUACCAUAGUCUCCAGCAUGCACCCAGUGCCUGCUUCAGCACGGAUGGAGUGGAUUAUUCCUCUGGUGGUGGUGUCGGCUCUCACCUUCCUCUGCCUCAUUCUGCUGCUGGCCGUCCUCGUUUACUGGAGGAUGAACAGCUUAUGUUCUCUGCUGUGUAUCAAGUACAGGAGGUGUUUCCAAACAGCUCAUUUCUACGUCGAAGACAGUAACUCGCCCAGAGUUGUGCCUAAUGAGAGCAUCCCAGUCAUCCCAAUCCCAGAUGAUAUGGAGGCCAUCCCUGUUAAACAAUUUAUCAAGCAUGUAUCAGAACUCUACUCCAACAACCAACACGGCUUCUCAGAAGAGUUUGAGGAAGUGCAGCGCUGCACAGCAGAUAUGAAGAUCACAUCAGAACACUCCAAUCACCCUGACAACAAGCACAAAAACAGAUACAUCAACAUCAUAGCCUAUGACCACAGUCGAGUGAAGCUCAGGCCUCUGGCAGGAAAAGACUCUAAACACAGUGACUACAUCAAUGCCAACUAUGUGGAUGGCUACAAUAAACCCAAGGCCUACAUCGCAGCUCAGGGUCCUCUCAAGUCCACAUUCGAGGACUUCUGGCGGAUGAUGUGGGAACAAAACACCGGCAUUAUAGUCAUGAUCACUAACCUAGUGGAGAAAGGCAGAAGAAAAUGCGACCAGUACUGGCCGAUGGAGAACAGCGAGGAAUAUGGUAAUAUUGUGGUGACUCUGAAGAGAACCAAAGUAAUGGCGUGCUACACACUCCGCAUCUUCACCAUCAGAAACACCAAAGUAAAGAAGGGUCAGAAGGGUAACACUAAGGGACGUCAGAGUGAAAGAACAGUUCUGCAGUAUCAUUACACUCAGUGGCCGGAUAUGGGUGUCCCUGAAUACACGUUACCUGUGCUCACCUUUGUCAGGAAGUCCUCUGCCGCACAGACUUCAGAGAUGGGCCCCAUGCUUGUACACUGCAGUGCUGGCGUGGGCAGGACAGGAACUUAUAUUGUGAUUGACAGCAUGCUACAGCAGCUGAAAGAUAAAGGCUCAGUCAAUGUGCUGGGUUUCCUCAAACAUAUACGAACUCAGAGAAACUACCUUGUCCAAACGGAGGAGCAGUAUAUCUUCAUCCACGAUGCCUUGAUGGAAGCCAUUCUUGGGAAGGAAACAGAGGUGCCCUCCAAUCAGCUGCACAGUUAUGUCAACAACAUCCUGACGCUGGGCCCAGGGGGCAAAACACGACUGGAGAAGCAGUUCAAGUUGGUGACUCAGUGCAAUGCAAGAUUUGUGGAGUGCUUCAGCGCUCAAAAAGAAUGCAACAAGGAGAAGAACCGCAACUCUUCUGUUGUCCCAUCGGAAAGAGCACGUGUUGGUCUUGCACCGUUGCCUGGGAUGAAAGGCACUGAUUACAUCAAUGCAUCUUAUAUAAUGGGCUACUACCGGAGCAAUGAGUUCAUCAUUACCCAGCAUCCCUUGCCUCAUACCACUAAAGAUUUCUGGAGGAUGAUCUGGGACCACAAUGCUCAAAUCAUCGUCAUGUUACCAGACAACCAGGGCCUGGCGGAGGAUGAGUUUGUGUAUUGGCCGAGUCGAGAGGAAGCCAUGAACUGUGAGGCGUUUACAGUCACUCUUAUCAGUAAAGACAGACUCUGCCUCUCCAGUGAGGAGCAAAUCAUCAUUCAUGACUUCAUCCUGGAGGCCACACAGGAUGAUUACGUUUUAGAAGUUCGUCAUUUUCAGUGCCCAAAAUGGCCAAACCCUGACGCUCCCAUUAGCAGCACCUUUGAGCUCAUCAAUGUCAUCAAAGAAGAGGCCAUGACCAGAGAUGGACCCACUAUAGUGCAUGACGAAUUUGGUGCAGUGUCUGCUGGGAUGUUAUGUGCUCUCACCACACUGUCACAGCAGCUGGAGAGUGAAGGAGCUGUGGGGGUCUACCAGGUGGCCAAGAUGAUCAACCUCAUGAGACCAGGAGUCUUUACCGACAUUGAACAGUACCAGUACCUUUACAAAGCUAUGCUCAGCCUGAUAAGCACUAAAGAGAACGGAUCCAGCCCCAUGUCCCUGGACAGAAACGGCAGCGUGGCCAUGUCUGACGAAUCGGACCCGGCCGAAAGCAUGGAGUCGCUCGUCUAAAGCCCCCCGAACAGGCGCGAAGAGGCACUUACUCUAACUUUGUAAAACUUCAAGGACUAAGACAGACUUUUUCUGAGGCCUUUUUUGCCAGAACUCUUGGUUAAAAGAAUAACCUGAUUACUUUUUUACACUGAUAAAAAGUUUUUGAUAUUUAUUUUUUCGCCAUUUUAUGUCUUAAUGUUAUCCUACUGAACAUUUGCACCGACGUUUUUGAGUUCACGACAAACGAAACGAAACACAGUUCUGUCUAGUUUGCACUAUGAAAAUAUCAGUGUUACUGCCUACUCCAUCAUCUCCACCACAUUCAGUCUUUCUCACUCACUUGAACUCUCACUGUCUAGCCCUUAUUCUGACAUUCCAUAACAAAGCUGCUCUCCGAAGCUUUAGAAAUAUCCUCCACAAGCGAAAAAUGGUUUCCACGCAGACCUCAGACGCUGGAAAAAGAGAUUAUUCCCAUGUCCAAUAUGCAAAGAACCACCACAAAACAUCAGAUUCACUGAUGAAACACCAUAUGAGCAAUAUGGAUUGUUUGUUUUCAUUUUCGUUUGCUUUGAUCAUUUCGCGCACCCCGAAUAGUAUCUACUCAUUACGCUUCUAGUUAAACCCAUAUUUACUUUGAAAAGGUGGUAUUAAAACAGCUACUGUGAACUUUUGUAUGAUUCAUAUUCUGCUUUUAAUAUAUAUGAAUAUAUCGUAUAUCAUGAUAACUUGUGCUUUUGUAAAUGUUAACUGUCUCUACUCUCGGUCGAAGGAUCCGCAGAGCCCAUGACUUCUCUAGCACCCCCUGCUGGUUUGAUUUCUCCAUUGCUUUAUGCUGCAAGCUGCUACGUUUGUCACUUGAGAGUGCAAAUGAACAUGUAAUGAUACCAUGCGACUCAUAAUGUAGAAGUUAAUUCUGUUCUCUGCCCACUUCAUUUUGUAAUUUUAUACUGCUCUACUUCGUCCUGGGUUCACUGACAUAAGCCGUCCCAUAAUUUUGAGAAUAAUGUAUACAAGUCUCUCGAUGCCUUCUGUACAGUCUCAUUUCACCUCGGCAGUUGUGUGUAUGUGUGUGAUAUAGGUGUGUGUUGUGUUUGGUAUUGACUGGUUUUACUAGAAGCUUGUAGACUCAGUCCGAGCAUUUCUUCACUAAACUGACCUCUUUUAGUGUCUCUCAUUUCUUGUCAGUGAUUCUCAGAUACUGCUAGGAAAACCAGUUACUGUAAUAUCAUAAAAGGUUGUCUCAUGCCAUACAGCACAAAGGCCUUGCUAACAAAACAUUAGAAUCAGUCUUAUCGCUUCGAGAACUGGGGACCCCGUGAUUCAUUAAUUUUUACCAAAGACUACAACUGUCAUUCACUUCAGUCAUGAAACGUGAGAAAGUUUUUAUUUUUAUGAUUGGUUGAAGCAGUAGAAUGUUUUUGGUAGUGACUGGAAAAACAAUUGUUUAUUUGUUUUAUUUUAUGUUUUGCUUUGCAUUUUUGUUUUUAGUGCUUUUGUGUUUUGUUUUGUUUUGUUUUGUUUUGUUUUGUUUUGUUUUGUUUUGUUUUGUUUUGUUUUGUUUUGUUUUGUUUUGUUUUGUUUUGUUUUGUUUUGUUUUGUUUUGUUUUGUUUUGUUUUGUUUUGCUCUAAGUUGCUUCGCUGAGCAUUUGUUUAUCUGACAGGUCACCUUUAUUUUUGUUUCUUUUCUUUUUAUGUUGUAAUGAGAAUGUACACUAUUACUGAUUUCUUUUGAUGUGAAGAAGAAAGCUGUUGAAUUUUUGUUUGACUUUUGAAAUGCUUUCGAAAGAUCGACAAUGUUAUGCUGUUGAGAUGGAGAAGACACACAUUGAAGGUGUUUACUCAGUUCAUGUCUUGUUUCUCCUAAGAAGGAGGCUGGAAAAUGAAGUCACAUCUCUCCAACAUUUGGGGUAAUAUUCUGACUUUGCUUGUGUACCACGUAAGAUAAUUGGAGCUGCAAGUUGCAUAAAUCUUUUCUAACAUGUUUGCCCUGUGGUAUCCCUUUUUCCUUUUCUUGCUCUAACAUUAUUUGUGGGUUGCAUUUGCAAGCAUAUUUGCAUUAUCAUGUUAAGAAAUGUACAUAUCUAUUUCUUGCUUCAUUAACUCAUCAGUCUCUAAAAGCUUUGUAUCCUGGCAUAUAAUUGCAAACUUUAUAUUUUCAUAUGAAUCAAGUUUGUUUGUUUUUAGUUUUGUUUUUGUCCCCAAAUCCUUCAGAAGGUGGCUGACAUCACAUUCCAAACACACAACAAUCAUAAACUAAGGCAGUGAUUGUGGUAUUUCUUCUGUUCUUUCCCCCCUUUGAAUCGAAAUAAAAUCUGUUUCAUUGUCCAGAAGUGCAAUAGAAUAGAUCUUGUAAGUCAAAAAAUAAGUUCUCCCAUACAAAGCAGGUGGGUGUCACCAUCAUAUCCACUUUUUCUAACCUGGAAUAACACACAAAGGAUUUUUCUUUUUUUUCUUUCUUCCUUUUUUUCUUUUUGUUGAAAGCUAUAUCAAAGCAUUCUAUUAUAGUGUUAUUUAAUAUGUAAAUUGUAUUGCUAUACAUAAAAUAAAAUAUGAGUUUUGAUGUACUUUAAGUAUAUCUCCAUGUUGUACGUUGUGUGGAGUGAGUCUAAAAUGUUUAAUAUUCGUUAUUUGUAUUUGCUUGCAUCUGUUUCCAGAAUUUGCAUUUGCAUCGAAAUCUACCAUAUUUACAGGUUCACCUUUACUGUCAUUGUACCUAAAUGUGAGAUUUGAGGGUUUAGUGAACACGAAAUGCUAAAGUAUAACACUGCCUCCCAGUGCUCAGCACGAUUUUUGUUGUUUAUCUGGUAGGUUUGUGUGCUGUUUUGCCCCUCUGACUGUAGUCUGAAUGGUCCUAAUUGCUGUAAUUAUUACAAUGUCUGAUUUAGCCUUUCACAAAUAUAGAUGUAAAUCAGAACAAAUGCUGAUGUCAGGGGCAUAAAAACAAUAAUCAUGAGGAGCCAGAAGCAAUUAUGUGAUGAGUUUUUGCUGGAAACCAUAAACAGUACAAGGGACAAAGCAAAGUUAAUUACAAAAUGAAACAAUAAAGAGAAGA